AUGGCGGUCGUAAAUGGGGCCGGUUACAUCGAGCUUGGACUUGCCCACUACAAGCACGGAAAGGAGUGGUGGAGUCGACCGUUGCCUCAAACUCAAUUUGCAGGGCGCUUCCAGACAAGGUUCGAAACGAUCAAGGGUCUGUGGCGACGGGCCUCGCUUCAGGGACACGAGAAGGUAGGUCUAUAUACGCUAUAA